AAAUUCAUUUUUGUGGUUGAAAUUAAUUUUCCAACAAUUUCUAAUUGUAAUCCAAUCCAACUAAAACAAAAGUCAAAAACAAAAAAUGAACAACACCCAUUUCUUGAAAAAAUGGCAGCAAGAGCUCAACUCUCCCACACAAUUUCCCGGCCAAUUUCCGGCGUAUCCCCAACUUUCCGGCGACGUUUCACCGGAAUUACCUUCCCAAUAACAAAUCCUAAAAACCCAAUUCCUAGAAUUUCAAAAAAAUGGGGGAAUUCAAAGUUUGCAAUAAAGCUAAGUUUACAAGUAGAAGAGAGUAAAAUCCCAGCAAAAUCAACGGUUGAUGUUCAACGAAUGGUUGAAUUUUUGUAUGAAGAUUUACCUCAUUUGUUUGAUGAUCAAGGGAUUGAUCGGACGGCUUACGAUGAGCGUGUGAUGUUCAGGGACCCCAUUACUAAGCAUGAUACUAUUUCUGGGUAUUUGUUUAAUAUUGCUUUUUUGAAGCAGAUUUUUAGGCCUAUUUUCCAACUACAUUGGGCUAAGCAGACAGGGCCAUAUGAGAUAACUACAAGGUGGACUAUGGUAAUGACAUUUAUUCCCUUGCCGUGGAAACCAGAAUUGGUCUUCACUGGAACUUCAGUAAUGGGCAUCAACCCUGAGACAGGAAAAUUCUGUAGUCAUGUGGAUUACUGGGAUUCUAUAAAGGCCAAUGACUAUUUUUCUUUGGAAGGCUUAUGGGAUGUGUUUAGACAGCUUCGUAUGUACAAGACACCGGACUUGGAAACACCUAAAUAUCAGAUACUGAAAAGAACUGCAAACUAUGAGGUACGAAAGUAUGCCCCAUUUAUAGUCGUGGAAACUCAGGGUGACAAGCUUUCUGGAUCAGCUGGCUUUAAUUCUGUCGCUGGAUACAUAUUUGGAAAAAAUUCGAAGGAAGAGAAGAUACCCAUGACUACCCCUGUCUUCACGGAGACCAAUGAUGCUGGAGAGUCAAAAGUGUCCGUUCAGAUAGUCCUUCCUCAAGAUAAAGACCUUGACAGUUUGCCUGACCCUAAUCAAGAGACUAUCAACCUGAGGAGAGUAGAAGGAGAUAUUGCUGCAGCACUAAAAUUCAGUGGAAAACCUACAGAGGAAGUCGUCAGACAAAAAGAAAGAGAACUUCGGGAUAGUCUUAUCAGAGAUGGUCUCAGACCGAGAAAAGGGUGCUUGCUUGCUCGCUACAAUGAUCCUGGCCGAACAUGGGAGUUCAUCAUGAGGAAUGAGGUGCUGAUAUGGCUUGAAGAAUUUAGGUUAGAAGAAGAUUAGGAAAACUCAGACAUUCAAGCUGUUGAAGUAGAACUUCUGAUUGCCAUGUUUGUUCGGAUCACCUCUUCUGGAAGCUGAAGAUGAAGAUGAAAAAUUGAAAACCAUAUGGAUUAGCAAUGUUAGAUAAACCAUAAUGAUUACAUACGUUACUUCAUGAUAUUCUAGGCACAAAGUGUAUGAAAACAAAAAUCAAGAAGUAUGUUCACUUUGUUCUUAGUUUAGAUGAGUGUUUGAUUAUAAAGGUAUGGAAACAAAACUAGGCAUGCCUUCUCACAAGGCAAAAGCUAGCCUAGUUAGUCAAUGUACAAUAGUGUCCAAAAUCGAAGAUCCUAUGCUCUAAACUUCUAAAACAAUGUGUCGAUAAGUGGUUACCAAAUUAUGUAAUGCUCAAUUUGCUACUCGAUAGAUAUCUUAUUUUUCUAGUUGAGUCAUCGACUCAUCGGCUUUUAUAA